UAAACAGCGCCGACGAUCGGCCAUUAUUGCGGCGGCCAGCAGGAUGGCGGCGAAGCGUGUCUAGAGUGUGUUCGCGGUUCUACGAUACGGGCAUCUUACUUUCGCUGAUCGACCAACGCCUGAUUUCAGAAUGAUUAUCUCAGCUGAGGUUAAAUGCCGAACCUGUGAUCUGGUGUUUUGCUGUGCCAAGUGCCGCAUUAAGCACGAAGAUGGCACCCAUCCUGAGAUGGCCAUGAUACGCAAAAUUUGCUACAUUUGCAACAACCGUCCAUUCCCGUUGCGUAGAGACACAGUCAUUUCACCGAAUAACCUACUGCUCGCGCACGUUUUUAAGGAGCACUUGCCGCUGCGUUGUAACAGCUGUACGCAGCUUUUUCUUUCGCCGGAUGACUUUCACAAGAUCGGCAAAUGCUUUCAAUUUUGUCCGACCGCAGCCGCAGCUGAAAAGCAGGGUGGAUGUUUGCUUGAAAGUCAGCAGGAAGUUGCCACGAUACCAGUGCCGGCUCGUCGCAGAACGGUGGAUGAUGAUGAAGAGAAGGAAAAUGUUGAUAAAGGGAUCGCUGUCAUUGUGCCGGCCGUGACAGAACCUAAGCAGCGGCCUCAGAAACGGAGAAGCAUCCCGCCAUCGGGCGAUCUGUAUCCAGUUCCCGAGCCCCAGCAGGAGACUGGUGAAGAGGUAGAUGAAGCUCUGCUAACACCUCUGACCAAAAUUAACCUUCGCUGGAAGCGCAAAAGCCGCCAAAGUUUCGAUAGUCUCCUCUCGACCACGGCAAAUAACAAUAGUUCAACGCUGGAAGGCAAUCGUGUGGCUGAUGCGCCGGGGAAACGAUCUAAACUUGUUCGCAGCACCUCUACACCGAUGUACCAGUGGCAGAUACUACCAUCGAUGAAGUUGUCGAAUGAUUCGUUUACGGCGACCUUGGGCCAAAUGUCGAGCAUACACUGUAGCAGCGGCAGUGAUACGGAUAGUCGGGCGGAUGAUAUCUGUUCUCCGCCACCGAUGUCAGCACCAUCACAGCCACCGGCACCAGAGAUCGUAGUAGCCGAACCAAGCCCAGCGGAAGACUUUCACAAGGUUCGCGCAAUUAUUCGCAAUCAAUCAAAGGCAGCAGCCACACCGUUACGGCAGGUUAUGUCGAAGAGCAUCCAGCGGGCGAUCGCUCAGCACACCCAACACACCCGCCAGCAGCAAUAUCAGCAGCUCGGUGCGUACUCGAAGAUGCUACAGCCAGGAACGCAGCGCAAAAUGAGCUUCAGCUCGUCGAUUAGCAGUGUGGGCAACGAUAGCAGCAGCAGCAACAACAGUACGAUCGCCUCUCCGGUACCCGAUCCAUUAGAUCUUCGUACAACGCCUGUCAUGAAACGGGGUGGAAAGGAAACACGGGCCAAGUCCAUGACCACGGUGCAACCCUCCAUCGUCAGCGCCGUAAACGAUGUGCAGCAUCCGGAUAAUGAGAACGAAACCGAGUACUAUGAAACGCAUCGCGAUCUAGAAUCGUUACGCGCGGCGGACGAAACGACGGCAGCCGAACGAGAAAAUCAAGAAAACAAUUGGAAGCUUGGCAUAGGGCAGCCGGUCAACCGUAGCUACGAGCGAACCCCAAAAACGUCUGGAACACUGCUUAAAAAGGUGAUCUCCUUCCACGGUAUUAGCACAGCAGCGCAGGCUGAUAAAAAUAAUACGGAGCAGGAGGCGGAUGAAGAGGACGUUUGGGGUACACCGUGUGCGGUGGUGCCACCGAUGCGGAGCUAUAGCUGUUCAGCGGUUGGUCUCGGCAAUACCUUCCAAGCAACAUCGUCGCCGAUGGAUCCAGCAAGCGAAGCCAACGCUGAUGAAGUUUUCUCUGCUUCAACGGAGCAGAAUGUUCCAAAGGAGAAGGCAGGAAGCCAUAAGGAAUACGAGAUGGGAGCUGGAAAAAUGGCUGGUCCCGUUGGUGGUGGUGGCAGCCGACUUUGGUCAAUAGUUUCGAACGUCAUUCGUCUUGCAUCGCGUAGUGACGUGCUGCAAGAGGAAUCGCCACAACCCGCUGCCGAAUCAUCUGCACAGUCUGUCGGUGGAGGGAUCGUACGACGUGCCAUGUCCUUGGCCGAUUAUCUCAAGACACGCUACACCGGUGAACAUGGUGGUGGUGCAGUACGGCGAACAUCAUCCUCCGGUUCGGACGAGUAUCGCGUUGCUGCUGCCUCAAACUGCAAGAAGCGAAAACGAGCUACAUCGGUGUAUGCCGCCCGAUCCGCGUACGGUGCCCCGCCGAUGCUGCCAUCGGUGACGAAGGUGACCUAUAGUCCAGCCGCCAAACGGAAGCGUAUCCAGGCUCGCCAGCCCAUCCGUCGGCUGCGACAUGGAAGUGACGAUAGUGGCAGCAACUGAAACGUAUCACCAUUCAUAAUCAUGCUAGGAAUCUUGCUCUUCCGAUAGAUAGUCUGUGUCCGACGUGGACCACCGAAACGAAGAUUGUCAUACGUCGAAUACCCCGCAAUGGUCUUCCGUGUUUGUCGGUGCAUUAUGUUUAAGGGAAGAUUGUAAUUUUUAACGUGCCAUCAUUGCUAGAUUUGAUAAGAUGGAAAUAAAAGCGGUUUAUAAAUGCCUCCAA